AACUCGAAAAAAAACAGAAAUUAUUCAUCAGGAAGUUCAUCCACUGAGCCGAUGAUUCUUCAAGAAGGCAAGGCCAAAUUACGACUUGACAAACCGGUUUUCUACAAUCCUGUUCAAGAAUUCAACAGAGACUUGACGUACGAUUGUUUUCUCCGUUUUAUCCAACGUAUUCUUUGUGUGAUGGUUCACAAUCUAAAAAUAGUUUUAAAGGGUGAUUCGGUUAGAAUUCUGGAUGCCCUAUCUGCCACUGGAUUGCGAGCAUUGCGUUUCGCCCAAGAGGUUGAACACGUAGAUUUUGUGUUGGCUAAUGAUUUCUCUGAGAACGCUGUGCAGAUAAUUAAGGACCACAUCGUUCUGAAUGGACUCGAAAACAAAGUGAUUGCGAACUUCGGUGAUGCCAUUGAGACGAUGAUGAACCAUCGAAGCAUAAAUAAACGCUUCCAUGCUGUCGAUCUGGAUCCAUACGGAUCAGCUUCCAUAUUCUUGGAUUCGGCUGUGCAAUGUGUAGCAGAGAACGGAAUUCUAAUGGUUACCUGCACUGAUAUGGCUGUUUUGUGUGGUAAUACACCUGAAACGUGUUACAACAAAUAUGGCUCGACAACUGUUCGGAUGAAGUGUUGCCACGAACUGGCGCUUCGGAUUCUCCUUCGAUCCAUCGAUUCUCAUGCCAAUCGAUAUAGUCGUUAUGUUGAACCACUGUUAUCUAUUAGUGUUGACUUCUACAUACGUGUGUUUGUCCGAGUUCACACUGGGGCCCGAAUGGCGAAAGAAUCAGGAACGAAAGUUGGAAAUGUUCUCGUUUGUUCUGGUUGCCACUCUAUGGAGAUUACACCCAUUCUUAGAAAGGCAAAGGAUGAAAUAAGUCUGAAAUUUUGCGCGAGCGUUGUCCGUCAGACGUUAAUGGGUGCUGAAAACAAAUGUAUACACUGUGGUUCCUCCGUUCACCAAGCUGGUCCUAUCUAUAUAGGUCCCAUUCAUAGCCGUCCUUUUGUUAAGCUAUCUUACAGCAUCGAAAACACUCCGGAGGAAGAGCGUCUUGGGACGCAUAACCGUCUGUUGGGUGUUCUUACAAAUGUGUCUGAGGAACUUGAUGUUCCCCUUUACUAUGAGCACGACCAGCUAUUCAAUGUCGUUAAAUGUUCAGUUCCUAAAUUAAUAGCUGUCAAGUCAGCGAUUCUGAAUGCGGGAUAUAAGGUUUCUGGAUCCCAUUGUAACCCGCGUGCACUCAAAACGGACGCACCUACGAGCUUCUUAUGGGACAUUUAUAUAAACAGGCAAAAAUCUGUAGAGUUUGUGAAAUCAAUCUUAUGGGAAAUUAAAUUUGGUCUUUUCAGGAGUGAGGUCAAUUUUCAACUUCAUCCAAAAGCCACUUUUCAGACGAAGACUGAUCAGAUGGUCCGGUUUCAAUGCAAUAAGGGUAAAAAUUGGGGACCGAAAGCAAAAGCGAAGGGAUCCAUAAACUCCACCUAUGCAAGUUUUUAUGUGAAAAAGAAAAUACCGGAAGACUCAGUUGAGUAG